UGCAGAAGGCCGUGAACACUGCCCAGGGGCUGUUCCAGAGGUGGACAGAGCUCUUGCAGGAUCCCUCCAUCGCCACAAGGGAAGAAAUCGACUGGACCACUAAUGAGCUCAGAAACAACCUGCGGAGCAUCGAGUGGGACCUGGAAGACUUGGAUGAGACAAUUAGCAUUGUUGAGGCCAACCCACGGAAGUUCAACCUGGAUGCGACGGAGCUGGGCAUCAGGAAAGCCUUCAUCACCAGCACGCGGCAGGUGGUCAGGGAUAUGAAGGAUCAGAUGUCAAACUCCUCCAUGCAAGCACUGGCUGAAAGAAAAAACAGGCAGGUGCUCCUGGGAGAAAGUGGGAAUCAGAGUUGGAGCUCUGGAGCUGACAAGUACAGCCGUCUGGACCGUGAGCUGCAAUUAGCAAAUUCACACUUCAUCGAGGAGCAGCAAGCUCAGCAACAGUUGAUUGUGGAGCAGCAAGAUGAGCAGUUGGAGCUGGUCUCUGGCAGCAUCGGGGUGCUGAAGAACAUGUCCCAGCGCAUCGGCGGGGAGCUGGAGGAGCAGGCAGUGAUGCUGGAUGACUUCUCCCACGAGCUGGACAGCACUCAGUCGCGGCUCGAUAACGUCAUGAAGAAGCUCGCCAAAGUGUCUCACAUGACAAGCGAUCGACGGCAGUGGUGUGCAAUCAUCAUCCUCUUUGUCAUCUUGCUGGUGGUGCUCAUCCUGUUUUUUGUCCUGUGAUGGACUGAACUUCCUCAGACGCCCCCUC